ACUGAUUUCUGACCGUGUCCCUCUGUCUGUCCCAGAGUCCCGGAGGAGACGCGUCCCCCUUCGGAGGGUCGGAGCAUGACGAGAUGAAUGGAGGGAAAGAGGAAGCAGAAGGACGAGGAGAGGACUGUCCGUCUCCUCCUGCGCAGGGAGAUGUCCAGACAGAAGAAGAACCGCCAUCCAAACCCAGAAGGAUUCGGUCCAAACGGCGGCACCACGCCUGUCCGAUAUGCAGCCGCGUGUUCACGCGCCCGUACCGGCUGGCGGCCCACAUGUGCACGCACUCCGGCGACAAGCCGCACAGCUGCUCCGUGUGCGGGAAGCGCUUCGCCGAGAAGAAAACCCUGACGGUGCACCAGCGCGUUCACACCGGCGAGAAGCCGCACUCCUGCUCGGUCUGCGGCGUCAGCUUCGCCCAGCGGAGCUGCCUGCGGCGGCACAAGCUCGGCCACGCCGCCGAGAAACCCCACCGGUGCUCGGUGUGCGGCCACGGCUUCAUCCAGCGGCGGCACCUCGUCCAGCACGAGCGGACGCACACCGGCGAGAGGCCGUUCGGCUGCCCGCUCUGCCCCAAGCGCUUCGCCUCCAACUCGGGCCUCACCGAGCACCAGAAGAGCCACGCCGAGACGAGCCCGCACUCCUGCACCGUCUGCGAGAAGACCUUCUCCACGCCGGCGUCCCUCAGGGACCACGUCAGGCUCCACACCGGGGAGAAGCCCCACCGCUGCUCCAUGUGCUCGAAGAGCUUCAACCGGCCGGGCCUGCUGAGGAAACACCUGCAGAAACACGCAGCCGAGGCAGCAGCCGCAGCUGCAGCCGGGAAGGAGGAAGCUCCUCACCGCUGCUUCAUGUGCCACAAAGACUUCUCCUCCGCCGAGAAGCUGCAGCAGCACCUGCAGCUCCACCAGAGGGGGCGCUCCUUCGUCUGCGACAUCUGCGACCGCAGUUUCAGCAAAGCGUCGCGGCUGAGGGAGCACGUCCGCACGCACACCGGGGAGAAGCCCUUCCAGUGCCACGUCUGCAACAAGCCCUUCUCCAGGCAGAGGGUGUUGACGAGGCACCUGGAGAUCCACAGCAGGGGGGGCCCCGGCGUCGCCCCCCCCGCCUCUGAUGGCUCCACCAUUGCCGCUGGCGCUCCAGCUGCUGCUGACGCGCCCGCCGCCUCCACCUCCACGCCGGACAACAGCUCCACGCUGUCGCACGCAGACAACAAGGUAUAG